AUGACAUAAGACAUUUCAAAAGAAGUGCUAGCUCUUUCCAUUCAUGUGACUGCAGCUGCUUCAUAAAUCACUAUCUAAACUCAAUAGAGAAUGACUUUAGUUACAAAUAGUGUUAUAGAGAGUGUAGACUAAACUUUGAAGAUUAUCAAUUCAAUUAUUAUGUAAUCUCAAAAGCAGUCACAUUUGGAUGCAGUUAUAGAAGAAUUUGAUGAAGAUUAUGGUAAAGAUUCAAAAACAAAAGAAUACUAUACAGAUAAAUAACAUAUUGGAAUAGAUAAUGAAUAAUUGGAUUAAAUUAGAAUUGAAAAUUUGAUGUGUUAAGAAAAUUGUAAUCCUAAUUUGUCAAUCAAAUCAACAAAUUCAAGUAGCUUAAGUGCUCAUAAAUCAAAGAAUAGCAGUUAAAUAAUAGAAGAGUAUCCAAAAAAUACAAAUCUAAGAAAUGACACUCCAGUCUAAUAGAAAAAAUAGUCACUUCUUUCUUAAUAAUUAUCUUAAAUUAAGGUUGAUAAAGAAAAAGAAGCAUAGGAAUAAAAAGAAUUAAUGCUUCUUAUUGAAUAAGUUGAUCCAGGAGAACUAAUUCCAAAAUUGAAAUCUAUUGAGAUGAUUAAUACAUAUCAAUAAGAAAAUUCAAAUCAAAUAGAUACAUUCACACACUUUAAUGAUCCAUUUAUUAUUUUGAAUGCGGAAUAAUAUUAAAAAUAAUAAAAAACAUCUCCAAAAAAAUCAGAAUGGUAUGAUAGCUCUUCAGUUGAAUAUAAAGCUACAUCUUAUAAUACAAAUGAAUCAUCUAAUUUGGAUCAUCAUUCAUAUAAAUGGAAAAGUAGUAGUAUUGAAGAUGAAAAUUUAUUGUAAGAUUGUGGAUUUUAAUUUUAAUCUUCAGUUUUUGAUUUUCCUUUUCCAGAGGACUUUUGUACAAAUAGUAUAAAUGUUUAACAGAAUUUUUAACUACUAGAAAGUAAAAACUAAUUUACUCCUAAAAAAAAGAGAUUAUACUGCAAUAAUAAGAAAGUUCCUCAUUGGGCAGAAAAUUUAGAGGUAUAGAUUAUUCUAUAUUUAUUAGAAAGUUUAACAAUAUUAAUCUUAAUAAUAACAUUUAUCUCAACAUUAAAUCUUUGGUAAAAUGAAGAAUAGAGUUUUAGAAAUUGCCAAAUAGUUUUCAGAAAAUAGAUAUUAUAGAAGAGGAAGUUCAGCUUAAUGGGAAAUUCCUAAUAAGACCUUUGAUAUGAUGUAAAAAUAGAUGAAGAAACUUUAGUAAAUAUAAGAUGAAAAUAUAUAAAAAUUAUAGCAACAUUAAAUAAAUGUAAUAAUAAUUCAUUAUAUAAUAGUCUGCAUAAAAAAAUUAGGGUUUAAUUGCUAAAACACAAUAUUUUUUAACUAGCAUCAAAAAAAAAAUCCUCAAUUCAUUUGAGAAAGAUCCAAAAUAUAAAUUAUGA